GAAAAAUAAAAGGAUCUCUCUGUGAAUUUUCGCCAUGUCCUUUGAAGACAAGGAUAUUAAAUUCGAUGUUCCAAAUCAGCAAGACCGUCUUCGUGGAGGUGAGAAUAUCCUGGACAUCAUAAGCAACAUUGAGGAUACAAAAGGAAACAUUGGAGAUGUUGGUCGACUUAUGAUUACAAAUCUGCGCAUCAUUUGGUACUCGGUGACCACCACAAAAUUUAAUUUAUCUGUUGGUUGGUCUUGUGUUUUAACCAUGACAACGAAAACUGUUGCAAGCAGAGGAAGAGGUACAACGCAGGCGCUCUACAUUCUCAGCAUCAGCCGCAAUUCCAGAUUUGAAUUUAUUUUCACAAAUUUGGUGAACUCUCAAUCAAAAUUUUCAUCAGUUUUCGACAUUUAUCGGUUGUAUCAGGGCUCAACACUCUAUCGUGAAAUGAAGUUGAGAUCAUCUAUUCUGCAUGAAGGUUCCCUGAAUGUUCUGCACAUGGAAAAAGUUUUUAAUUCCCUAAAUGGUGUCUGGAAUCUCUCCAGUGAUCAAGGAAAUCUCGGAACAUUCAUAAUAACUAAUAUUCGGCUGGUUUGGUUUGCCAACAUCAAUGAAACCUUCAACAUGUCCUUGCCCUACAUCCAGAUUGCCAGUAUUCAAAUUCGUGACUCAAAGUAUGGCCUAGCAUUGGUGAUAACGACACUGAAAAUGUCUGGAGGAUAUGUUCUGGGAUUCCGUAUUGAUCCACCCGAAAAACUCCAUGAAAUCUUCAAGGAACUAACAUCACUUCAUACCGUUUACUCAGAGACUCCAAUCUUCGGCGUAGACUACAAGCCUAAGCCUGAUCUUGAACAACACGACACGGAUCAAGUGUCGAUUGAUGAUAUUGAAGAGAUUGAUGAAGGGAAAAGCAAUGAAAUUAAUCACAAUUUCUCCGCUUAUCUCUCAGCUGAAGACACUGGGGAAAUUCGACGACCAUCGUAUUGCAAAGAAUUGGGCUUUGCAAUGGAAAAGCUAAAGGAUGGCUUUAAGAUUAAGGAUCUCUGGGAAAUUAUUCCGUCCCAGUGAACAUCUUCUGGCAAUUGAAAGUCCUCUUAAAUAAAGAUGAUUUUUUUCCAUAUCUCAGACGCAAUGAAAAUAAAAUAUAAAUGAUGAUGAU